AGGCGCAGAGAGCCUCUUCCCGCCAUUUUAGACAUGGCGGCUCCGCUAGGUGGUAUGUUCUCUGGACAACCACCCGGGCCUCCACCACCCCAGCCCGGACUCCCGGGCCAGGCUUCGCUUCUUCAGGCGACGCCGGGCGCUCAGAGACCUUCUAACAGUACUUUGGUGGACGAGUUGGAGUCAUCUUUUGAGGCUUGCUUUGCUUCUUUGGUAAGUCAGGACUAUGUCAAUGGCACUGAUCAAGAAGAAAUUCGAACUGGUGUUGAUCAGUGUAUCCAGAAAUUUCUAGAUAUUGCAAGACAGACAGAGUGUUUUUUUCUACAAAAAAGAUUGCAGUUAUCUGUCCAGAAACCAGAGCAAGUUAUCAAAGAGGAUGUCUCGGAGCUAAGGAAUGAAUUACAGCGGAAGGAUGCUCUGGUCCAGAAGCACUUGACAAAGCUGAGGCAUUGGCAGCAGGUGCUGGAGGACAUCAGUGUGCAGCACAAAAAGCCAGCCGACAUCCCUCAGGGCUCCUUGGCCUACCUGGAGCAGGCGUCAGCCACCAUCCCUGCGCCUCUGAAGCCGACCUGAGGGAGAGGACAGUGGCAGCCUGAGUGUGUGCCUGUGCGCGAGGCAGCCUCGGACAGUUUACCACGAACCACUUCUUGUGGAUGUGGCAUUUUGGAAGAACUCUUUAUUCUCUCCUAAAAUUUUUUCACUAUUUUUGUAAGCUGUUUAAUGUCUUAAAUACUUUCUAAAAUGCCUGUAGCUUGGGUAAACCAAGUAAAUUUUUUUUCUUUAGUGAAGUUUAGACUUUUAGUAUGAUGGUACUUAGAUUCUUUUUUUAUGUUUUUUUUGCUUUUUAAAAUUUUGUAUGACUUUUCAUCUCCUGGUGUGUGUUUUCCAGUUAGGUUAGAGAAUGGGGGAUGAGGAUUUUGCUUGUAGGCCUUUUUACCCCACCGUGGUAGUGUAGAAAAAUAGGUAAACCUGCUGUGUUUUACCUUCGAACUACCUCAAGAAGAGGAAUCUAAUGUUUAUAAUGCUUCCAGAGCUCUCAGAAUGAGGAUAUUUCAUAAAUAAGUAGGAAGAGGAUUAAAAUAUCCUAGGUUAGUAUAGUAAUAUUGCAGUAGAAUCCCUAGGCUAAUGCUGACUUUUAUUUGGGGUAAGUUUAUAUUUUGUGUAGUAUUUAUUUACUUUUUUUUCAUGGGGAGGGAUGUAGUAGGAGCAGUGAUAUGCUAAAUUUUGUUGUGUUCUACAGUAAGGAAUCAGUGUAAGUAACGGCGGACUGUCUCAGGCCACGGCAGUUGGGGCAUACGUGAAGUAUGAGGUGUUAAAGUUUGCUCAAGUUUUCUCUUAAUUUUGAGUUUUUGCUUGUGUCAUUUUUAUUUUACAUUUUGGGAGGGGAAGAUAUUUUCCAUUAAGGAUGAUUGUUGCUAAUGGGUUUGAUUCCAGGGGACUGGUGUCUCUGGGUGUCUUGGCUGUUUCCACAAAGAGCAUGUGGUGCCUCCGAGUUUGGGAAGAUAUUUUACUCUCUUGCUAGUUUCAUAGGCCACUUCAGAUUGUCUGAAUUGCUGUUGAAAAAUACAGACUAGUGUUGUUUCUGGCUCUUGCUGGAAGAGAUUUUCCUGAAUUUUAUAUAGUCUGUUAUUAAAUUACAUCCCUUUACCCAAAACAAAGGCUUCACUGUCUUCUGAAGAGACAGCAGUUCUGUGGCUCAGUGUCUUGGGUCCUUUUAUUUUCUGUAGCCUUGAAGGCCCUGCUCACACACACUGACACCCACUCAUGUUCCUGGUCUGACCUGGAUGCCACCUGGUGCCUGAUGCCUCCCAGUGCCCUUUCUGCUAUAUCCCCAGGGCAUAGGACUCAUCUCUCUACCAAACUCUUGCUUGGUUCUCCCUUGUGGGUUAGUGACAUUUAUCUCUCUCUGCCCCUCACUGCAUUGUAUGCCCGUAAGAAUUAGGCAUUAUUGCCCUUAAACAUACAGAGUCCAUAUAUUAUUUCUAUUUUAUACAUGCUGUUUAGUACUCGUUUUUGUUUGUGUGUUUGUGUGGGAUCUGGCAUGUUGACCUGGGAUUAUUAGCAUGAGGCCAAGGAACUCCUCAAUUAGAAGGUACAGGUUAAACAAAGCUCUUUUUUUUCUUUUUUCGAGAAAAGGUAUCACUCCAUUGCCUGGCUAGAUCAGUGGCAUCGCAUUGUAGCUCACUGCAGCUUCAAACUCCUGGGCUGGGCUGAAGUGAUCUUCCUGCCUCAGCCUCCCAAGUGGCUGGGCUACAGUGUCUGCCACUAUGCCUGGCCAAAUAGCUUUUAAAAGCUUGAGUUAUAUGACCUCAAGGUUGUUUACCUGAUCCUUUCAUGGUAAUUAUAAACUCUGAUUGGCAGCUUUAGAUUUCUUUAUUAAAAACCUAAGUAAACUUGAUUGAGUUACAGGCAUUCUUUCAAAGGAGUUCUCGGUGAAAAGAUUGCAAACUAUGCUGUCUGGUGCUUAGUGAAAAUAUUUUGAAUUAAUGUAUUUAUCAGUUAUUGUAAUUUGUUUAAUAAAUUCAAAAGUUUUUUGUCAAAUAGCAAUUUUUUAGUCUUACCUGUUUGUAAACAUCUUGCUGGGUGACGAACACAGAAAACCCUCUAAGCUGCUGUCUCCUUCUGGAAGAAAACCAGGAGCUGUCCUCUGGGGUUUCCCCCUGAGCCUGUGGGAUGCCCUCUGCUGAGUCACUGCCCAGACACCUGGGCUGGGGCAUGUCCUUUAAGAAAGAACCCUGCUCUGGUCUGCCUUGUGCUUCAUGUUUUCAUCUUUCAAACAUCUGUGCUACACAAUUUCAAUAAAUGAUCUCAUUGAAUUUUCUA